CCUCUAACUGCAUAAAACUCUCAACUCUGACUCAUCUUAGAGCUUUCUGCCUCUUCAGCCUCACUGAGCGUCACAAGGAGCAGUUGUGUAAUUUACACACAGACAUUAAGACGUGUUUCAGCAUCACUGCUGUGGAGAUCGUUGAACCACUUCCUCACCAUGGAAAGAGCGAUCAACAAUCCUUCUCUGACAAAACUCAUCUCCGCUAGUUCUCUGAUCUCCUCAGGACAUCCAGACAUCUAUCAGCUGAUCACAAAGAAAGAGAGGCUUGGAACUCUGACCAAAGUAACCUUUGGUCAAAAAGGCACUGAUCAGAAAAACAAAACCAUCUUACUUGUGGGUGAAACAGGGUCAGGAAAAUCCUCGAUGAUCGACGUUAUUUUCAACCAUGCAGUGGGAGUCCAGGCUGAAGAUGGGGUCUGGUUUCAGAUCGUAGAUGAAGAAGAAGGUCAAACCCCAGAUGUGAUCAUAUAUGAGAUCUUUGGUUUUGAAGGUGCAACGUUGCCCUCUUCCCUCACCAUCAUUGACACUCCUGGAUACGGAAGCACCAGAGGGAUCAAACAUGAUCAGGUAGUCGUUGACAGGAUGCACGAGUUGUUUGAGUCAGGAAAGGGUGUUCAUGAGCUUCAUGCUGUAGGUCUGGUGAUGAAGGCCACUGAUAACCGACUAAGCGACAGACUGAUGUACAUUUUUGACACCGUCAUGUCUCUGUUUGGAAAUGACAUGGAGAAAAACAUUGCAGCUCUCAUCACUCACUCGAACGGAAGAACGCCUAAAAAUGCUCUUGAAGCUCUUGAAGCUGCAAACAUCAGAUGUGCAAAAAAUCCAAGGAAUCAACGGGUUUACUUCUUGUUUAAUAACUGGCAGAAAACAGACCAGACAAAUGAAGCCGAAUAUGUGAAAGCAGCUGAUCUGAUUUCAGAGAGGGGAAUAAGAGAGUUUGCAGCGUUUGUCGACAAUAAUUCACCGGAGAAACUAAAGCUAACGACUGAAGUGAUGAAUGAACGCGUCAGACUGACGGCCUGCAUCCAAAACCUGCUGGAGAGAAUCCAGCUGACUAAACAGAAACAGACAGAAAUGCAGCAGAUUCAGGGAGAACUGAAGGCGCAUGAAGCAGAGAUGAAGGAACACAAGGACUUCACUGUAACCUUUGACGAGCCCUACGUUGGUAAAGAAUAUAUCAAAGACGCAAAGAAGGGGAUCUUUUUUUUUAAUGGAGCUGUGAUCUGUAAGAGAUGCAAGCAGAACUGUCAUUACCCUGGAUGCACCAAGACCUGGCUCCCUGAGUUGUGUGAGGUGAUGAAGAGAGGCCGCUGCACCGUCUGCUCCAACAAGUGUCCUGCUUCAGUUCACUAUAAGGAGAAGUGGAUAUAUGUGAACAAAACCAGGAAAGCUAGUAAGACCAUACAGCAAGUCAAACAUGACCAUGAAAAUAACUCCAAGUAUCAAGACCAGGCAUGUCUUCUGGGAAACCUUGAAAAGGAAAUGGAGCAACUUUCAAAAGAUAAAUCCAGAUUAGUGGAUGAAGCCUACCAGCACAUCAUCAGGCUGGAGCAGAUCGCCCUGAAAGCUAAUUCAGUGUCCAUUAAUGUCCACUUGGACUUCCUGAUUGAGAAGAUGAAGGAAAAGGGGGACAAAAUGAAAGUCCAGAAGCUGGAGGAACUGAAGAGAAAAGUAGACGAAGGAACCAAAGCAGCACAGAGAUACAAACGUGUCUAAAAGAGUCUGAGGCAAUAAAAGUCGAAGAACUUUAAUCAGAUUUCUUCCCUGGAAACUGGAAAGUUCAACACAUUGAUUCAGAAAUUAUUUUGAGACAAAUUUGGUGGAGGGAUAUUUAAGAUUAAUCUUCAAUAAAGUAUGUAUGCAUGCUAGUAAAAUUUAAAUAUUGAGAUAAAAGUUCUAUUUUCACCACGGCUGCCAGAGCACCAUUCUGCUCCCCAGGAAGA